AUGGCUUCAUCGUCCAGCAACUCGCUCCCGGUGACUGCACAAACUCUGUUCUGUCCAAACAUCUUCCAGAGGCAAUUGAUGCGAACAUUCGCAGGCCAUAAAAUUCCUAGAUACCUCUUUCGUCUCGUUGCUCCAGAAACAGCAGGAGACAUGACUACAUCUACUGUCACGCCCCCAGCGUGGAUGUGGGCUCGAAUCAACAGUCCAGAAGACAUCUUUCGCCGUGACCCUGAAGAUGCUGCGAGUCUGCUAUACAGUCACCUUAAAUGGGAAUGUGAUGACGAUUGUAACCUUAUGAGCUGGACCAGCUCUUUGCUUCUAGCACUGCAAUACGGCUUCUAUCGGCACGUUAAAGACAGUAAUGAACCGAGAUUAAACGAGAUUUCGCUCUUUAUUCUUGAUACUCGUGGCUUUCCGGAAGGCACAAUUAUCAAAGACACGGAUGCCAUGAAAGCUUUGAAAGGGUAUUCAACAGAUAUAAAAGACUUCCUAGAAUUUCGACUCAAUAAAUCUGGGAAGAGUAAGAGAUAUUACUUUGGCGAAUACCUUACGCAGGGACAACUAGACAUCCAAGGAAAAUGCGUGAGUGUCUCACUACAGCGUAUAAUAGAUCUGGGUUUAUUCGAGCUAUACCCCGAACUAGGCGACAGGAGCAAAUGGAAUAUUUGGGCAAAAAGAGUUAUCAAACUUCGCGAGAUUUUCGCGCACCCCUGUCUUACAACUCAUUCUGAGGUCCGUAGGGCUUUAACUAUUGCUCAGGGCUGCUUUAGAGACUGUUGGGUCGUUCCAUUUGCAGCCUCCUUACUUGCUCUUAAGUCUAGGAAACAGGACGAUACAAAGAUUGUCGAAGCCUUUUCAGCGAUGUUUGCAGCGGAGGAGAUAGCAGAGCUUUCUCUCCAGAAUAUCCAGAUUGAUUACGAUAGUCUACCUGAAGUCGAACAAUUUGCAAGACUGAUUGGCAGCAUCUAUCGCAGGUUCUAUGAUAAAGAUAUUAGUUUAUUGCUGAACCCUUUCACGAAACUGGAGAUAACUGACUGUCUCCGGUAA